AUGGCGACCGACGGCAUUCCCUCUCUCGCCAUACCAGGCACAAUUCUGGGCCCUGCUAGCAAGUAUGCUUCGGGCCCGGGCACGCAUAUUUACGAGGGCAGCAUCGUUUCCUCGCUGCUGGGCAACGUUGCCGUCAUAGCACCAGCCAAGGCUCCGGGCCCGGUCAAGCGAUUGAACAAGAUUACGGCUCCUUCUGUGGAAGAACUGGCGACCAUAUCCGUCAUUAGACGCGGUCGCAAGCGAGAGGUGCUACCAGAUGUCGGCAACAUUGUAUUGGCGCGCGUGGUGCGUCUUAUGCCCAAGCAGGCCAUUGUAGUCAUCCAGCAAGUUGGCGAGACAGUUCUGCAGACAGAGUGGCAGGGCGUGAUACGGGUACAAGAUGUGAGGGCGACAGAGCAGGAUAAAGUCAAGAUUCACGAGUCAUUCAAGCCUGGCGACAUUGUUCGGGCUCAAGUGAUUUCCUUGGGCGACCAGGCCAACUAUUACCUCUCAACGGCAUCAAAUGAACUAGGUGUCAUCAUGGCCACGAGCGACGUCGGGAAUGACAUGGUUCCCAUUAGCUGGAAGGAGUUUAAGGACCCCGAGACGGGGAUAUCAAUACUCUCAAUCUUAUUGUCUAGCUCAGGGCGGCACCCUCAAGUACUUGUCUUACCUUUUGCUGCAUCCUCUGUGUCGCCUGUAGCUAAUUAUAGCAUCGAACCCCCUGUGUGUAUGAUGUAUUCCUGCGGUAGUUCACACAGACCAGCUCUCCAUCAAUUGAUUGCAGGCGAUAUAAAGUGCCCUGAGGCGGACCCAGCCGCUGUCAGUCUCCCCCCCCAGCCCCCUCCUAAACCCUGCUACUGUACACGCACACGGUCAAGUGCAGCAAGCAUGUCGUCCACCAUGGUCGUCACGGCCUCGAAAACAACAUCGCUCUUCGUCGAUCCCAGCCCGUCGUGCUGCCCCAGCUGCGGCUUCGUGAUCCCCCCACAGCACGAUGAGCCGCCGUCGACGCAGCUGCUCGAUGCCCAGGCCCGCAUCGCCGAGCUCGAAACCCACGUCUUCCAGCUGAACCAAAAGGCCACCGCCGCCGUCAACCGUUGGGCCGAGUACGAGGCCGAGCUGUCCAAGCUGCGAGCCAAGCUGUCUUCGUCGCCCGAGCCCUCCACCCAGAGCCCUACACGCUCGUCCUUCUUCCAGGCCGGCGCCACGAGGAUCUCGGCCCUCAUGUACUCGCGCCGAUCGCAGCCCGCCAGCCCUCCUGCAUCCAAACCCAUGCCCCCAGUGACGCCGCCGCCUACCGACUCCAGCCCAAUGAGGACCCCCAGCCGCACGACGGAGGACCUGCUCGAGGCCCUCAACAAGGAGCAGAUGCUGCGGAGGGCGGCAGAGGGCCGGCUCAACGCCACGAACAAGGAGGUCGAGGAGCUGAGCGUGACACUCUUCGAGCAGGCAAACGAGAUGGUGGCCACGGAGCGCCGCGCCCGGGCUGCCCUGGAGCAACGGAUAUCCGAGCUGGAAAAGCGAGACGUGGAGAAGAAGCAGCGACUGGACAAGCUGGAGCUAGCCAUGCACCGCAUUGAAAAGGUCAAGACCCUGCUGCUGGAA